AUUUGGAGUCCCAGCUAGGUUUUCAGAGUUCCGACUUUUUGAGGUUUUGUGGAAAUGCGAGUGCUUGGUGGAAGAUCCAGCCAUCAACUCUAGGCUGGAUGCUUGCUGUUUGCUUUUUGGAUUUAAGGAAUUGGUUUUCAGACGGCUUGCAUGGUAAUAACGAUUUAUUGUAGUCAUCUGAAGAUACGCUUAUCGAUAAAGGAUAUAAUUUUUUCAUUGGUUGAACGUAAAAAUGCACAAAUGGCAAGUGUGAUUUAUCUUUGUCCGCCCAUCUUGCAUGAGAGAGUUCCUGUGAUUAUAACAAAAUGGAAUGCAACAAAGAAGAUGCCAUCAGAGCUAAGGACAUUGCUGAAAAGAAAAUGCAGAUCAGAGAUUUUGCUGGCGCUAAGAAGCUGCUGCUUAUGGCUUUGCAUCUCUGCCCAGAUAUUGAGAAUGCCUCACACAUGCUCACUGUUUGUGAAGUGCAUUGCUCUGCUGAAAAGUUGGUCAAUGCUCAGACAGAUCAUUACGGAGUUCUUCAGGUGGAGUCAUCGGCUGAUGAAGCAUUGAUCAGGAAGCAGUAUCGUAGGCUUGCUCUUCUUCUUCAUCCUGACAAGAACAGGUUUGCAGGUGCUGAAGCUGCAUUUAAGCUGGUUGGAGAAGCAUAUAAGGUACUGUCUGAUCAAGCAAGCCGCCAAGUUUAUGAUUCAAAAAGAAGUGUUCGGAUGAGAACUGUGUCUUCAUGGAAGCCUUCCCAGCAUUUUAAACACGCCAGCAGCAAUGCUGGGGCUCCAAACUAUUCUUCAGUCAAUCAACCUGGUGGAAUAAAACAGCAUAAUAAGCAGUCGCCUUUAGAUUUCCUUGCUUCCCAUUAUUUCUGGUCUGUUUGUAUUUACUGCUACUAUUUCCUCUGUAUUCCUCGGGCUCUUCUGAAUAGGGAGGUGGAAUGUCACAAAUGCCUUAAAAAAUUUUGUGCAUAUGAGGUGAGACACCAAAAUGUUCCACCUUUUGGUUCGGGUUCUGGAUUCGUCUGGGAAUACACUGGUUUUCAUCAGACUGAUGUUCCUACUCAGUACUUUCAUACUCAUGGCAGCCAAACCCAUUUUGGAAAUUCUUCAGGGGCAAGGGUACAUGAAAAUGUGGUCAGGCCUCCCACUGUAUCAAAACCUUCGAAAUCUGUAACUGCUACUAAGCAUGGACGUUGUGCUACUGACAAGGAGGACAAGGCCGAGUCUGGUGGGAUUGGUGAUGAGUUAAAGCCUGAAAAUGGCAAAACGGGUCAGAAAUCAGCAAUGAGUUCAUUACAUGGUGCAUGCCAGAGAAGAAACAGGACUACUAAUGAUAAUGAUAAUAUUAAGGAGGUUCGCCCGACAGAUGUUGAGGAUGGUUCCACAAGUGGCAGAUAUCCACGGAGGUCAACAAGGUGCAAGAAAAAUGUCAUUUAUAAAGAAGAGGAAAUAGAAGAUGAUUUUGAAUGUCCUAAAAGGUUGAGAAAGUUUGGAUCAUACAGCACUAAGAACAGGCGCAUCUCUUCUCCUGAGGUAGUAACCAAUGGUGUGAAGAAGAAAACCAAUGAGAUUCCUGCUUCUGAAGACGAGAUUAUGGAUGAGCAAAUAGGUGCAGAUCACUGUGAAGAUAAUUUGCCUAGAGGGAGUGGUCUAGAGAAACGCAUGAUGCCUGAAAGCAAGGAAGCAGUUUGUAAGAAAAGAACAAGCUCCCAAGCUAAUUCUGCUGCCGAUUCAAGGUCUAGAACACAAGUUGAUUUUUCGUUCUCUUAUGCAGAUCCAGAAUUUUAUGACUUUGAUAUGGAUAGAGAUCAGAGUAAAUUUGCAGUGAAUCAGAUCUGGGCUGUGUAUGAUGAUGAUGAUGGAAUGCCCCGGUACUAUGCUUUGAUUCAGAAAGUUUUUGCUCCAGGUUUCAAGCUGCAGUACACCUGGCUAGAAUACAAUCCCAUGAGUUCAGCUGAAAAAGCUUGGGUAAAAGCUGGUUUGCCAACAGCUUGUGGUAAUUUUAAACAUGGAAAGGUGUGCAGCACAAAAUGUCAGCUAAUGUUCUCUCAUCUCAUUUGUGUUGAGAAAGGUGGAGGAAGUACAUAUAAUAUCUAUCCAAAGAAGGGAGAGGUUUGGGCCCUUUUCAAUGACUGGGAUAUGCAAUGGAGCUCCACAGAAGAGAACCCUAGGACAUAUUCAUACGAAUUUGUUGAAGUUGUUUCAGAUUAUGCAUCAGGCCAAGACUUCAUUGUAAGCCAUUUGGUCAAGGUCAGAGGAUAUCUGUACCUGUUUGCCCGAGCUCAGGACAAAGGGGUCACUGUGAUACCCACCGGGCAGUUACUUAAAUUUUCCCACUGUAUACCAUACUGUAGAGUUUCUGUAGAACGAGAAGGAAUUCCAAGAGAUUCGUUUGAACUUGAUCCGGCUGCUUUGUCUGACAGUGCUGUGAGUAACGCUGAUGCUGGUGGUGUUCAUGCUGCUGAAGUUUUGGAUGUCAAGUCUGGCGAUCCAUGUCAAAGGCCUGUUGCUGAUAAAGAUAAACUCGUAGUUAAUUUAAUUAGAAGUUUGAGACCUAGCCAGCAUGUUAUAGAAACUGCUGGCAGAAAGACCAGAAACCAUGAUUUCAGUAAUUUAGAUAGAGAUAUUAAAGAUUCUAGCUCUAAUGGACAGGAAUCUGAUAAUCUUGAAUUCUUUAACUUCCAAAAAGAUAGAGCAGAGGAGAAGUUUAAACAAGGCCAGAUUUGGGGACUUUAUAGUGACCUGGAUGAGUACCCUAAUUACUAUGCUUGGGUAAGUUCAGCUUCAUGGGAAACAACUGGCUUAACUGUGAAGUGGCUGGAGUUUUCUCCUCAGACUAAGGAGGAGAAAUUGUGGUCAAAGAAUGGCCUACCUGUCAGCUGCGGAAGGUUCAAACUUACAUCAAAAGUUGCCCAAUAUGAUUUAACCCAUGCCUUCUCUCAUUUGGUGCAUGCACAGCCUCUCAGGAAAAAUAAUUUUUUUGAGAUAUAUCCUAAUAGUGGUGAGGUUUGGGCUGUGUUCAGUAACUGGAGUCUUAAAUGGAUAUCCACCGAAUUCAGACAAGUUGCAGAUUACAGUGUAGUAGAGGUGAUUGAGCGAGAUAAAUGUGUGAUAAAAGUGAUAACCUUGACUAAGGUCAAGGGUUAUAAAUACGUUUUUAUGCCUAAAAUGAGAAGUGUAGCUGACAUGGAGAUACCCAUUGAUGAAUGCUUGAGAUUCUCCCAUCAAAUACCUGCUUUUCGAUUGACUGAUCAAGAAUCUGGAAAGUUGAAGGACUGUUGGGUACUUGAUCCCGAUUCAAUCCCAAAGAACUUAUUGACUAUAAAGCCUCGACUACCAUUGAACCUCAUACAUGCUAAUUAAAUGCAGCUAUGAACAGGGAUAGGGUAUCAAGAAGAAUGACCAAGUUCUUUAGGUUAACCAACAUACACAGAGUCAAAUCAGUCUUAUUAUCUCAGGCUUACUGCUCAAGCACUUGGUGAACAGGAGCAGCCACCUGCUUUACACGUUUGGGUAAUUGUAUUUUCUCAAUAAUCGUUUUUAGGUAGUUAGCAUCAUAUAUUUUUUUUAAUCACUCAAAUAUCAUUCUGAGGAGGCAGCCUUCUGGUUUCAAUUAUAUAUGCAUUUAAGUGGAGGAAUGCUUCAGGCCUUUUGUGUGAUACAAAAGUACCGUUUAGA